AUGGCUCCUUCUGCUGUCAAUAUGGCUACAUUGUUUGGCAUUGCCGCAGUGUCGCUAGCUAGCGGGUUCUAUUUGGGCCAAAUCAACGCUAGUUCGGUCAGAAUCAAGCAAGAACAUCCCAGAGACAUCCUGCGCAAAUGCAAGCAGAAGGCCAUAGAAGAGCUGGAGAUGGAGAAGAACGAAGAGUACGAGAGCGACAUAGAGAGUUGCGGCGAGGAUUAUGAUGAAGAAGACGAAGAAGAGGUGGAAAUCAACUCGAUGUCAUUGAACGACAUUCCCGGCGAAGUAAGAAUGGCACUAGUCAUCCGACAAGAUCUGGGGAUGCAAAAGGGGAAAAUUGCAGCCCAAUGCAGUCACGCUGCUUUAGCGUGCUACCGAUUGAUCGCUGCAGACCCUACUCGCGAAUCCUACAAUCUACCUCUAACUCAAAGAUGGCUACGUUACGGGCAGGCUAAAAUAACCCUCAAAUGCCCAGACAAAGAAAUAAUGGAUGAAUUAUUUGCAAAAGCGCUUUCUCUGGGUGUGAAUUCAUAUGUUGUUCACGACGCUGGUCGGACUCAGAUCGCAGCCGGAAGUGCCACAGUCUUGGGUUUAGGACCCGCACCAAAAGCGGUUCUUGAUCAAAUCACUGGAGAGCUGAAGUUGUACUAG